AUGCCUUCAUCCUCUACCAACUCAGCCAAGACAGCUUCUCAUUCUUUUGCUAAUGCAGCAAAGGCAUCAAUAAUGUCUGGUAUUUCCACACAGUAUUCUAUUUCUCUUCAAAGCUCCUUAAUAUCUGUAGAAACUCCUUGGAUAAUUGACACAGAUUCACCACCUGCUCAUGUUAUUCAACUUGCCAUUAAUGCCUCAUCUCUUUCUCAGUCUCCUAAGUCUACUAAUUCUGACUUAUCCAUUGCUCCUGCUGCUACUCCAAGUCCUACUUCUACUCCUGGGUUGCGUUCACCCUCUUCCUCUUCUGAAUCUACACCUAUCACAGAAGAACUUGCUCCAUCUCAUUCUCCCAUUCGCAAGUUAACAAGAACUUGA